AUGUUUGUUAUUGCACAAGAUAUCCAAGCGGUCGAAGGAAAAAGUGUUAGUUUACCUUGUGAUGUCGUACCUCCUGGUCAUGACAAGGUAUACAUGGUUUUCUGGUUUCAAUACGGUUCCGGAUUUCCAAUAUACAGUUUUGAUGUGAGAGGCAAACCACUAUCUCAAGCACGCCACUGGUCGGCUCCGGAAGUUUUCGGUACCAGAGCUUAUUUCCGUACAGUAUCCGAGCCGGCGCAACUCGUCAUAGACGACAUCCGGCGUCACGACGAGGGCGUUUAUCGGUGUCGAGUUGAUUUUCGAAAUGCUCAAACCCGCAGCUUCCGUUACAAUCUUACGGUUAUUGUUCCUCCCGAACCUCCAACAAUAUUGGAUCAGUACGGUAGACUUUUGAAUGGAACUGUUGGUCCUCAUGAUGAAGGUGAUGACAUAACGAUGAAAUGCCGGACUGUUGGAGGCCACCCACAACCUGUUGUCAGAUGGUUGGUUAAUGGUCUCAUAGUCGAUGAUAAAUAUGAGCAUAAUGCUGGAGAUGUCAUAGAAAAUGUUCUUGUAUGGCCUUCUGUUAGUAGAAAAGACCUCGAUGCCCUCUUCACUUGUCAGGCUGUCAAUACUAAACUUACAGAACCGAAAGAAGCGUUUGUAGUCUUAGAAUUACGAUUACCUCCCCUUACUGCAACCAUUCUCAGAACGGAAAGCCCUUUAGUUGCCGAUAAACGUUAUGAAGUAACUUGUGAAUCAGCAGGAUCGAGACCUCCUGCAAUAAUCACUUGGUACAAAGGAAAGCGGCAACUCCGCCGAACGAAGGAAGAAACACGGGAAAACAUUACAAUAAGUGAGUUAAGCUUCGUUCCAACAACAGAAGACGAUGGAAAAUCCAUAACAUGUCGUGCAGAAAAUCCAAACGGCACAGGCUUGUUUCUCGAGACUUCUUGGACAAUUGACGUCGUAUAUCCCCCUAUUGUGACGCUGUGCCUGGGGAGCACCCUCAACGCCGACGACAUCAAAGAAGGUGACGAUGUCUACUUUGAGUGCCACGUUACUGCCAACCCCUACUGGAGGAAACUCACGUGGCUGCAUAACGGUGUAGUGCUUAAUCAUAAUUUGGCCAGUCGUACAAUCUUCAGUAAUCAAAGUUUGGUGAUGCAGAAAGUGACAAGGCAAAACGCUGGUCGAUAUCGAUGUUCCGUGGUCAAUUCAGAAGGAGAAACUGUCAGCGACGAAUUGGACUUCAGGGUACAAUUUGCUCCUACUUGUAAACACGAUAAAGUUACCAUAGUCGGAGCAUCGAGAGGAGAGAGUGUGGAUAUUUUGUGCGAAAUAGAAUCCGAUCCACCAGCCAAAAGUUAUAGAUGGAAAUUCAAUAAUUCUGGAGAAACUAUAGAUGUCGCUGCCGAGAGAUUCGCUAAAUCUAGUAACGGAACUCACAGCGUUUUGCGAUACACACCGGUGUCUGAAUUGGAUUAUGGAUCUCUCUCGUGUUGGGCUUCUAAUUCAGUUGGGCAUCAAGUUGAGCCAUGUAUGUUCCAGCUAGUUGCAGCAGGAAAACCCUUUCCCGUGAAAAAUUGUUCUCUCUCCAAUCAAACGAGCAGUUCAGUUGAAGUAUAUUGUCUCGCUGGGUUUGAUGGAGGACUUCCCCAGCAUUUCGUCCUGGAAUUGUAUUCUUCAAAUUCUGCAGUGGCUCGAUUUAAUAUGACCUCUUAUACGGAGCCUUAUUUCUUCUUGGAUAAUUUGGAGCCCGAUGUUACAUUCAGAAUAGUUAUUUUUGCUACUAACGUCAAAGGAAGGAGCAAGGGAGUUGUUUUGGAAGAAAUCACAUUUAGGGAUGCCGAAAAACGGACAGCACACGAUGGAGAAAUACCGAUAUCUCCAAUAGUAGGAAUUCUAAUAGGAGCGACUCUCACUAUGAUAAUCGUUAUAUUGAUCAUCAUUGUGAGAAUUAGAAGAUCCCAAAAUCCUUCAAGAGAUGGAAUUCACGUACAAAAAGUGUCAGUUGGAGUCGCACAUCAGCAGAACACGGUAUCAUCAACUAAACCACUAAUUAGCAGUGCCUCUCCAAGAGAUUUAGACGAGAGAGAUCCAGAUGUUAUUCCAGCUAAAUUUGGAUCACCUGAGGGAGAAAGUGACAGACAAGUGGGAUCCUUAAACGGUGCUCAAGUUCCACCGGCAACCAGAAAUAUCUCAAAAGUACAGAACUACGCUCAGUCUAAUGUUCCUUCUCCUCAGUGGAUUAGUCCAGUGAUCAAUGAACAGUACCACCAAUACAAAAAUCCAGUUGCUAUGGUGAGUGGAACUUUUCCAAGAGAAUCUAGGCCAAAAGAUCUUCGAUUGGGAAAUGGAAGUUCAACAGUCCACGGCGUUACGGACUUGGAACUAAAUGGAAUCGCUAUAAAAGAAAGACUGAUGGCAAAUCGACUACCAGAAAGUUGUGUCUAAAUGUUACAAUAUUUUUAUUUGACAAGUAGUAUUUUGCAAAUGCUGGUUGGCUUACCGUCCACGACUAGACGUAUAUAUAAAUAUGGAUAUUUUUGAUAAUAAAAAUAGAUUAUUCAAUGAGAAAUUAUUAGCAAAGCCUUUUCUCAAACUGUUGGGGUUUCAAUCCUCCUUGUUGUUCUAUUUUCAAAAUGUCUGCUCCAGAUACUGAGCAACCUUUGGUGGUAAUUUUCCAAUGGUUAUCCACCAGCAUUUACUUACAGCUCGAUACUCAAUUUCUUCAUUUUCCUACAUUUUUAUUGACUGUCAAUUAGAACUAUACUUUCAGAGGAAACUUGUCUAAAUGGAUAUAAAAUAAUUCUAAUAUUGAAAUACAAUAUAACUUUUAUCUUCGAAUAUAUGUUUUAUUAUUUAGUGAUUAUAAAAAAAUAUCAUCAAAUCCAGUGGAAACAUCUCUAAAAGCACAAAAUCUAAUAAUUUGUCCAUUGAGAUAACUUGAAAAUAUGGACAAAUUAGACACCAAACAGGAAGUAGAUUAAAAGUAAUUAAAUCUUUAAUUGGUUUAAAGUUUCACCUCAUCUUCUUAAGUUACAAAAGUUUAGUGCAUUCACAACUUUUUUCCUAAAAGUUUCCGAAUGUUUUUUAUCAUACUACUCCUUAGUUCUCAAACUCUUGCAAUCAAGUGAAACACUACUUAAAAUGCUAGUAACGAACUUUUACUUGGAAAACUAAAAAGAAAGAACUUUGUUUUGAAUGCAUUGUCAUUAUAGUCCACAUAGGAGCUUUAUUUUUUAUUUAUGUAAGUAGUUCUCAAUUUCGAUUCCUUACAGUUAUUUCAAUUCAUUCAACAACAAAAUAUUUGUCGAUGAAUCGUCCGAUUUCGAUUUUCAAUAUUGAAUGAUCACGAGAUCCACAUUAAUCAUAAUUCAAAUUAAAUCUCUCAUAUUAUUUUCACAGGUUCCAUCAAUCGUAUCCUAUUUUUCUUCAUAAUACGUAACACAGCUUCCAUCAAAUCACAAUGGAAAUAUGAUAAAUCAGUACAUUGUUUAAAUGCAGUGAUUACUACUGUCUAUUAGAUUUAACUGGAAUCAAUUAUUCUGCCUUGGACAUUGUCAUAUCAAAUUUCAUAUUAUUAUAAAGUUAUAUAUGAAUUAAAGCUUCUUCCUCGAUAGUCGAUAGAUAUUCAAUCAAUAACCUAAUAUGAUACAUCAUUCAUUGCCUGCCUGUUUAACAUUUCUUCUAACUAAUCUUCAAAAUAGUGAUGAUGAUAGUCAACUGUUUUGACUCAGAGAGUAAGAAGCAAUCAUCGAUUCUGAUUUUAGAAUAGAACGUUUGCAUCCUCCAAAAGAAUGUCUUAAUCUAAUGGAAUCCAUAACAAUCAGUUGCUAUUCCUUUUGUUAUAAGACCAUCAUUCUACGAUAUUAUUUCUUUCUUCCUCUUUUACAUUUUACACUUGGAUUAUCUCCAUCUUCUUUAGAAGUCUUCAUGCCCUUUCCAGCGUGAUAUUACUGGGAGUUCAGUUUUCAUUCUUCUUUUAUCCAUUACUUUAUAGCCUAGUUUGUCGGGGUCUUCAUUUCGUUAUUUUCUUCUACUUUUACUCUAUUUUUUUGUUCAUUACUUUAGUUUCAUUUCCAUAUAUUAACGUGGGUACAAUUAUUGAGUUGUAGACUUUUGUUUUUGCGUCUUCUAUUAUUCCUUUUUUCCGAAAAUUAGGUUAUUAAGUGCAUUUGGGCUGUUCUCACUCUCUAUAUCUAUAUUUUCUUCUAUUAAAAUUAAUUCUUUAUUCUUGUAUUACCAAAUCUUCUCUUCUCUUUCGGAUUUUCUACUAUCCUUUCGCAAUUCUUGACAUUUACUUCCAUUCUAUAAUCUUCUAUUGUCUACUUUUCCUUCCAUUAAAUCGUCUGCAUAUACUAAUCAGUCUAUUUUCACCGUUUCUAGGUUUUUGUAUCCAAUUAUCGUCUUCAAAUCAUAGUUCUCCUCUUCCAUUUUUUUUAUCAUCCUAUUCAUGAUAAGUAUUGAUAGAAGAUGACCAAGAUUAUCUCAUUGUUCCAUUCCAAUCUCCAUCUUAAGUUCCGUCGAUCUUCUUUUCCAUUUUAACUUUCCGUUUUUAUAUAUUCCUUCCUAUUUCUCUAUAAAUCUAGUCAUAUGCCACUUUUAAACCAAUGAAUGUCAUAUUUCUUCUCGUUAUAUUUAUAUGUUAUCUAUUGUUUAUUUCCCUUUUCUAUAUGUAUUUAGCUCGUCCUCCAUUUUCCUUAUCUUUGAUUCGAUUAAUCUCGUGUAUGUUUUUAAGCCAAUUGGAAGUGUUUUGACGAGUUUUGUUUAGUAUUUGAGUGUCAGAACGCAUUCAGUAGAGCUUGGAAACUCGUCAAAAAUUUGUCUCAUGCGAGUUACUUCUAUUAACGAUGGUAACAUCAAAAAAAUUGAUGAAAUGGUGUUCGAAAGAGUUUCUCUUAUGGAUCAUAUUUUGGGUAUAGAGUGUGUCAUAAAAAAAACCUCAAUAUUUCGCAAAAACAGCGUCGUAUGGAGGCCAUCAAAGAGAUACUUGAAAACGUAUUUGAGGACCUCACAUUUAUCAAACUAUCAAACGAAUAUAUGGCGACAUCGAGACUGCCCUAGAAACUCAAAAUGAGCCGAAACCAAAAAGAAAACAUGUCGGUUGAGAAUUGGAGUGAUACACAUCGUUUUCACGGAAUGUGUGUUCCACAAUCAAUUCGUUCGAGAGGUUCAAAGAUAUUUUAUAUUAUUUUAGUUCCUGAAAUUCCACAAUUAUUUUUUUUUUGAAGAAAAAAAUACUAUCGAACAAUUAUCAGAAAUAUCCAUAUUGUACACUGAAUUUGUAUAGACAUGCGAAUUUUUAGACUGAAAUUGUUGAAAUAUGUAUAUAAUUGAUUAAAAAUAGUGUAUGCUUAAUCUACUGGAAAAGCUGUAAUUUUUUCCAGGACAAUCUCUAACCGUUAAUGUGAAGAUUAAUGUUUGUUUCAACUAUAAUAAUUCACAAAAUAUACCGAACAACUCACCCUAUGUGAUGACAGAAUAUAGUUUAUAUUCUCAUGUGCUACAAAAAAACAUAUCUGAAUACUUUAUCAACGAUCCAUAUCGUUUUUUAUAUAAUUUUUGAAACUAUUCACGAAAUAAAAGGAAAAACAAUAUUUCGUAAUACACUGCUCAACAAUUGAUACAGAUCAAAGUAAAUUUAUGGUCAAUUCAAAUAUACAAACAUGGGCCUUGUGCCCAAUUAUAAAGAAAUUUUUUCCUGCCUGUAUCCUACUUUGAUUGUUAUUAUUACCUUUAGCGGAAAGUUUGGAAAUUUAAAAUUAAACUCAGCUGAUAUUUAAAGCUCCAGGUCCGGUUAUUUUGAUAAGAUAUAUCUUCAGAACUCGUUUACAUGCAUUAAGUCACGGCUGGAAUCAUUUUGUGAUGAAUGGUAGGACCUCUCAAAUUCACGGUGGUUGGCAAAAACGCACCAUAUCUCAAACUAAAGACUAUUACUGCAAGGAGGAAUCCAAUCUAAUAUGUUUGUUGCAUCGAUUUGGGAUUGCGUAGUUCACAUCUGCAUUUAUUCUAAAUUCUGUACGUAUUAGAAUUCAGUCUUCACGGGACAGCUAAUUAUGUAUCGAAAUAUAUUUUCCGAAUACUUUCCCAAGCAAAUUUCAUCAAUUGUAGAAAUAUGGCUCUACAAUUUACUGAAACAAAGUUUAUGCUUAGUUAAAGAUCAAAAACUUAUACCAUAUUGUUGUUCAUUGUUAUUGAAACUAGUACAUAUCUAAUUGCUAAAAAUAACUCACAUAAUAAUGAAAAUAUAUUUUUUUUCUCAAUUGCCGUGCUGGAAAAAGUACCGAGCAUCAAAAUUUUGAAAGUAAACCACAAAAAUGAAUUGUCAUGCUAACAUAAAUUUACAACGCAAUCCUAGGACUCAGAUACUCGGCAAAAUCAUCUUGAUGAACCAGGCACAGAUUCAAUCAACGUGUCAUUUUACCAUCCAAUAAGCCUGCUACAAAAAUGUCCAAAUUUCUUAAAAAACUAUUCCUACAUAGAAAAACUCUCCACAAGAAUGGAUCCCUUGACAUCAAUUUUAAAACCGACAUAAACAAAACCGGAUAUUAAUCUGCUGUUUUCCAUAAUAUCGGACAGACUUUUGACAGACUGUGGCAGUACAAAAUUGAAAGACCUCUCUCCCCAAACUACUAUCCACUUCUAAGAUCCUACAUAGCCAACAGAAUCUUCCAAACCAAAGUUGACAAACAAAAGCUGCAACUUAUUCCUAUUGCAGCAAAGGUAAUGUACUAGAUCAGCUUCUUUUCGUACUAUUAAGAUCUAUCUAAGCAAAAUGAAAGAAUGAAAGGAAAUGGAAGCAAAUCAACUUAAUGAAACAAUCACAUUAGGUAAGGGUACGUUUUUUGCAUUCACGCACAAUUAGAAAUACUACAAACAGAUAGUAGUAAAUACUCAGGAAUCCACCUAGACAAAAACUGGAUACAUCAUAUCAAAAGAAAAAGAGAAAAAAGUAGGUUAAUAUGUAGAAAAUUCAAAGCCUCACUUAAAACAGAGCAAAGUCUGUCCUAAACUAUGUGGACUCGUGGAAUUAAUCUGUAGGGAUUUGUCAACUAGUACAUGCUUCACGGUAUAUAUCAAACCACACAAUUCACGUAGAUAUGAGAGUGCUCACAGUACAAAAUGAUAUCAUCAUAGAAACCCAUCCAAAUUCACUGCUAGAGAAAUUGUUGAGACCAAAAAAACUGGGAAAAUUGGUCAAUAGAACUAGUAUGAGGUAUUGGAGGUAACAUCACUGGAUAUAAAGCUCAUCAAGACAUUAAAGGUUGUAAAUUAUUUAACACUGGUGAUCAAAUCAACUCAAAGAAUGUAUCUGCAUCUGCAACUUCCGGAAUAUAACAUAAAAUUCUAAUAAAUGAUUCGAUAUUUAUAAUUCUUGGUCUCAAAAAAACAAAUUGCAUUGACAAAACUUGAUAUUUGCCAACAAAUUGAUCAAAGAUUAUGAAAAACUACGGUCUCAGUUCACUUAAUUCUAUGCCAAAAGCCUCCUAAACUAAGACGACUACUCUCAGUCAACGCGAGGACACUUUCCAUUGAAGCAACUCGUAUUUUUGGCUAAGCCUUGAUUCACUAGCAGUGAAAUUGCUAUUACCUCUGAGGAUUAAAAGAAAAGAUUAGAAAACAAGAAACGAAGAUUUUGAGUGCAUAAAAUUUCAUGGCAGUAUAAAAAUUUUUAAACAUAUUUUUGAAAAGUAUCUUCUAGUACACAUUAUAACCAUUUAUGUUUAUUGCUUCAUGGAAAAUGUAAUUUUAAAUUUUACUUCUCGACAGACACAAUUUCUCUUCUACGGGUUUGAGUCCUCUCAACGUAUAUUGGAUACGAUGAAUAUAUGCGAAAGUGCUGCGCAAAAGAUAAAACGAAAUUGCUUAUUCUAUGACACCAGAAUAACACAUAUUUUGGCCCAAUUAUUCGGACGAAUGUGAUAUUUGACAUUUCAGAGCUGGUUUUUGAAUAUCGGUACGAUUCCUAUCCAUAUCACUUCAGAAUCAACAUUUGCUACUAUCAAAAUAAUCGUGCUUAACUAACAAAUUCUAAAUAUAAAAAACAUAUUUGUUAAUAAAAAACGGUUGCCAUGCGUAGUUGAAUCUAUCAAUUAUCUCAAAUGUAAUUUGUAAAUAAAUAUUGUAUUAUAGAUGUAUAUACAUAUAUAGAUAACUGUAAUGUAAAUAAAAUCUUUGUGCAGAUCUGUAUUAACAUAUAUUCCAUGAAUUUGGAUGUUAAUGUGUAUCGGGAAGGUAAAAUUAAGUGAAAUUGUUAUUUUUUAUUGACUUAGAUGUCUGCACUUGUUGUAUGUAUGCUGUUUCGAUCCUCAAUAACGAUUCUUAUAAUAAAUUCAACAAAAUAAUAAACAGUUGUUGAUUUUUCUGAAUUAGAAUUUUUGAUGAUAGAACAUCAUAAUUUGGAAUAUACAGGAUGUUUCAAAAAAAGGUGAUCCCGUCUCUAAGAUAGAUACAAACCGUAUUCAAGAUAAAAGGUUUUGGGAGUUAGAUAUGAGGUCAUCAUAGUGCCGUUGAAUUAUUUCAAUUCUUGAGGUGAAUUCACCUCUGUAGCAUAAACUAUUUCUUUAAGAUACAACCAAACUGGGUAAUUCAAAGGAUUAAAAUCGCAUUAUUGAGGUCAAUGAAUCGGAGCUUCUGCACCUCUACAAAUCCAUCGAUUCCGAAAAUGGUUAAUCAACCAAUUACUACACCUUCUAUCAAAAUGCGUUGGAGCUCCAUCGUGCAUCCAAAACAUCUUCGCUCAUUAAGUUGAGUUAUGUCUUCUAAUAUCUUGAAUAAGUGAUUGCUUGAAAUUUAAAGUUCCAAGUAUAAUGUGAUAACCUAUUAAUUUGUAACCAAAUUUCAAAAGAGUGCUGGUAAUAUGAAAAUUGGGAUUGAGAACUAACCUUUCUUGUAAUGUUUUACAAAAAUCCACUGUAACUGGUAGAUAUCAUCUGACAAGAGCUCUUGGAAUUAUCUGUAAUAAUAAGGAUCUAGCUGUUGCUCUUCAAGUAUCCUCCAAGUACUUGAAGAUGACGUAUUUCUUGUCACACUUAUCACGCUAAUUGUUGGAUUUUGAUCAACUAAAUUUGAAAUUAUAUUUUCUUUAUUAAUGGUUCUUGUUCUACCAGAAUUUAUUUGUUUAAGUCUUACCUUCCCAGUUUUUCGAUAACGUUGUUUAUUGGCUCUGAAUGUAUUUUCACUUGGUAAGUUUCUUCGAAGGAAAUUUUUCUGAAUAAUGCUUAACAGUUGCACUAGUUUCCCAAACACUUCCAAAGGGUAAUAAACCCGGUACCGCAAUAAAUGAUCAUCGAAUUGUUAUUUGUUUCAUACUAAGUCCUUCAAUAGCUCAAUACCCACACUUAUUUAAUUUUGAUAACCUAUACUGAUUAGAUUUUUGUGAAACAUUACAAGUAACGAAAGACCUCAGUCCCAAUUUUUUUAAAUGUAUCCAUUUUAUCGAUGGGGUCUCAUAAACGCGACAAAAAUUUUCCAAUUCACAUAAUAUUUAAUAAUAAUUAAUAACUGUAUUAAAAUUUUAUACCAGCUUCGGUUAUUACUUCAUAAUUUUCAAAUCAAAAUAUUCCGAAAACGGUACAUCAAGUUUUAUCAGGUGUACUUUCUUAGUAUAUUGGAUGUAUCAGCUUCCAAAAUAUAUUCGCAUAAAAUAUGUAUAUAUAUACACAUGAAUUUUUUACUCAGCAAAUCCCAAAUAUUUUUCAUUUUUCUAUCUACCUAGAGACCUUUUUUUGAAACACCCUGUAGAAUAUAAUUGCAGAAAAUUAUUAAUAAUAAUAGUGAAGGCACAUUGUGAGCUACAAACUAGACAUUUCUCUAUUUUUGGACUUGGUUAUACCAAUUGGACUUUUUUACUUGUGUUUAUAUUGUAGCUUAAUUAUUUUUUUGUCCAAUAUUUUUUCAAAUGACUAUUUAAAGGUAAAUUGAUGCCAUCUGCAUCGUAUUUAUCAAAAUUGCCUUACAACAAAAAUUACGAUCCUACACUAGUUUGAAAAAAAAACAAUCCUACCUUGAAAAAUUCAUAUUCAGAACUCAAAUAGAGGACUGCUUCAAAAAACAUAUAAAAUAACUAAAUUAUGAACUUUCGGUAAUUUUUUUUUUCACUCCUACAUAUUUCUAACAUUGUUUAUGCUUCCUUUUCUUAUCAGAGAAGGUCUAAGUUAUAGUUUUUCACAAACAAAACAUUCAUAAUAUUUAAAAAUAAUCUUAUCAUCCUCAUAAUUACCAAUUCAAAUAUAUCACGUGUAAAAUUGAAAAUAAGCAAAUAAAACCCUUUUGUAUAUUUAUAUAUCGAAAAUUAUUUAGAAACGAAAACUUUUUGAAUAUUGAGUAAUUAUUGAUAUGAAUAUUACUUUCCAUAGUCACAGAUUUCACUGCUUGGUUACCCAUUUCUUUAGUGAUGAGUGAGAAAACUGAUCUUGUUUGUUAUCCACUAAAAUGUAAUUAAAAGUUUCUCUGCUCAGUAUUAAAUUUAUAUUUUUUCAAGUUACUUAUCAUUAGUGGACGACAGAACUUAUAUUUAAACAUAUUUUCGAAAUUAUACAUUAGAAUAUUAUGAAUUUCUAAUAAAUUAUUACCUAUGUCCAUACAGUGUGUUUGACGGAAUAAAAAAUUCUACACUAUCAUCUGAAGACAAGCAGCUGAUAGGACUUUUCAAAAACUAUGAUCGGCUUAGCCCCAUCAUGUUCUGAAUGUUCGGAAAUUAGCGUUUUAAAUCUCGUUCUGGGUUAUAAUUCACAUUAUAAGUGAUCUACCUGAUCUACCUGACUCAUAUUUCUAUAUAUGUAUGAAAUAAUGUGUAGAAAUUUCAAGUGAGAUAAGACGCGUGAUCCCUACAGCCUCCUAUUCCUAUGGUAUUGAGCCUGGCACUGAGUUUAGUGAUUAAGGAAAAGACUAAGCGAACCGUAUGAAACUUAGCCGGCAUUAAAUUCCUUGGAAAGAAGCGACUACCUCCUAAACUAAUAUUAGAGGAUGAUUUAUAUGAAAUAAUCAUUGGACUUUUCCUAUUAGAUGGUAUGCAAAGUAAAUUUAAUACUUUUGUCGAGGGAAUGGACAUCAAAAGCGCUUCUAGUAUAUCAGAAUUCAUUGAUCAUUUUCAAUGUAUCUUUGGACAAAAGUUGACCACCAUCAUGACUAUUUGUAGUUUCUUCACAGCUGAUUUAAACAAUUGACUUUAAGUUUCGCUGGAUUUUAUGGUAGUCCAAGUAAAACUUCUUCUAAUAAAGAGUUUUUAAUUCCUAAUUAAUACUUUUUCAAAGUAGUUAUUUCCAAUUUGUAACUGUCCAUUCUGAUCUCGAAUUUUCGAGAAGUGCAUGUAUUUAGUUUUAUUCAAAUUCAUGUGUAGCCCAAACCGCUUGCUGACUUUUCUUACGAUUUCUGUAAUUGUUUGAAAAUCUCAGCUAUUAAGACAGUGUCUUCAGCAAAUUUCAUGUUAUUAACUGGGACUACACUGCUAGGGCUUCCUGGAUAAUUACUUCGGAAUAUGUAUUAAAAAGUAUUGGUGAUAAUAUGCAACCCUGUCUUAUUCCACGUGUUUUAUGUAUUCCUUCAGUUAUUUUUUCCUCUAUAUCCUCUAUAUCUUGGUUAUCUUGUUAUUAUAAACUGUUUCAAUUAUUUUGAAAGAAACAACAAAUGAUGUUUAUCUAAUACUAUGAGUUGUUUCUCUUUGUAGAAAUGUAAACUUGUUAUUACCGAUAAACACUCAUAAACUCAUUAGUAUACAUAUUUUUACAAUGUAUUAUUCAGAAAUUAUUUCGAAACAUUUACUUUAUAUAUAAAUGUUCAUUAUAUUGUCUUUCCAUUUAAAUAUUACAUAGAAGUAUGAAUCGUUAUUGAAGAUCAAAGUAGUUCAUUCGAAAUCCAAAAUUAGUGGUUUAUAAUAAUUAUUGUGAUAUUUUCCGUAGGCUAACCCUGUUUAGCGUUAUUAGAUAUCAAUAAAUGUAUAUUAUCCCUCUACUAGUUUCAUUUCGAAAUAUACAAGUACCUUCUUCGAGGUAGGAUCGUUCUUAAGCACCAUCUACAUAUAAUAAUAAACUAAAAAGAUCCCUACCCUGCGAUUGAAACAUUUAUCAAAGAAAUUAACAUUUAUAAGAUGUAUAUAAUCGCAAAAUAGUACAGAUGGUAUGUAAUAAACAUGAAGCAAUUAAAGAGAAAGACGAAGACACAAAUGAUAUAUAUUAUGAAGAGUUGGAAGUGCUAAUAGAUACUAUACUAAACACAGAAAUUGUAAUUGUAAACGCAAAAGUUGGCCAAAAGGAAAUGUACAAAAAGAUAGCAAGAAGAGAAAACAAUCACGAUGAGUCAAAUAAUAUUAGACUGAGAUUGAUAGAUUUGACAAUCGAAAGAAAUAUAAACACCAUAAUUACGGACUUUUAAAGAAAAAACAUGUAUACAACAAGGCACUUGAAUGAUCAAGCAGAUAUUCGGAUCACUUUCUGGUAGGUGUCAAAAUUAGGAUAAAAAAAAUUGAGAAAACAAUAAAAAACAAAGAUUAAACAAAUUCCAUACGUGAGCAUUUUGAAGAGGGUGAUUAUUGAACGAAAGCAUACGAUAGACAUAGAAGAAUACAGCCGAGAAGAAAGCCACAUACAAACAUUUGAAAUAAAUCGAACAAGCAGUAACAAUCGCCACGAA